GUUACGGUGCUAUCCUGAGUAGUCUGAAGCGUGUGAGUUUUUCCUUUGUAUCAAUUACUCAUCCUCUUGAAACAAUGAGCUCAUCUGGGGAGCGGGAGACCAUUGCAAAAACGUUAAGCAAGGUAUUGAAAAAGUACAAUGAGGAUUUCCCAAGCUAUAGCCAAGGGCUCCUGGCGGAACUUGAAGCGAUAGCCAGGACCAUAGAGAACAGCAGUGGCAAAGAAAUUUUGCAGCAGCAGCUUGGGGACGUGCUUGCUGGUUGGGAGAAAUUGAAAGAAGCACCCCCCAGCGAUAACUCGAGGAGGUGGUCUAUCAAAGCCAAGUCUUCCGGGAGUCACCACCUCAGCGUCGAUGAAAAAAAGAACAAAGUGGUAGAGGACCUCAAACGCUUUAUACGCACGGAAAAAAUUUUAAACUGGUGGAAAAAUUUGACUGAAUCGGAGCGUGAAUUUCAGGGAAGAUUGGUUGGGAGAGAAAAGAAAGAGGAGAAAAUUAUACAUAAACUCAUCUCGCUGGGUGAAAAUAAUCACCCUGCCCGUCCUGUCCCUGUGAUUGCCAUUGUGGGGCUUGCAGGAAUAGGAAAGAGCAAACUCGCCCGCCACAUUUACGAGAAUGACGAAAUCAGAAAGAAGGUUGGCUGCCCGGUUUGGGUCAGUGCCUCUGACAACCCCUUUAACACUGAAUCCAUUGAACAAUCGGUGGUUGAAUCCAAUCCCACAGGAAGAAUUUUUUUAAUUCUGGAUGAUUUGAGAGUUGAGAUUGGAGACAAUGAAGUGAAUGCAUUGCAGCGCGGUAUACAGAGAAAGGAUGCUCGUCUCUCUUUUGCGGCUAUAAUGAUAACCUCACGGAGCUGUCUUGUGGGCAGGAACAUUGCUGUUAAGCAGUAUCACUUGGCGGGACUUAACGAAGAGGCAAGUCGGACUUUGCUUCAGGAAAUUCGUGGACAGGGUGCGGGUACCAGCGUCACAGACGACAUGACAAGGAAGAUGGCGGGGCAGUGCAGAGGCGUCCCUCGAGCGAUAAUAGCAAUGGCGAGGCUGCUCAGCUCUCAUGGUGCAUCCGACCAAUUGGCUGAAUUGACAGAGAAUUUUCUAACCGUAACAUACUCGUGUUACCAGGAGCAGCUUCUUGACAAACCCUGCUUCACUUAUCUUUCCUUGUUUCCUCGAGAUUGCUUGAUUGAUGCGAAGAGGUUAAUUUGUCUGUGGAUGGCGGAAGAGUUUGCCAAAACGGAAGGCGAUGGUCGUAAUCGAUUGAGGGAACUCUGCGAGAGUGGUAUUUUGCAAGAUGUGGAAGAAGACGAGCUCGGUUUAGUGAGCAGCUUCAGAUUGCACCCCCUAAUGCAUGACGUGGCAAGGUUCGUAGAUCGGGACAACAUCACCGUGGAUCCAAACGGCCAAAAGGUUCAUAAGAACCCUCGGCGAGCCUCGUUUGAUCUCAUGAGCUUAGACUUCUCGCGUGGAAUUUCAGCUCUCGGAGAAGAGGCAAAAGAGCUCAAGACCAUUCUUUCCAUCUCCGAGACACAGUCGCGGCUUCAGCGGCAGAAUGCAAUGACGGCGCCGGUUCUUGAUAGUAUAUUCAAGAGCUUUAAGAAACUGUGCGUGCUGGAUAUACGUGACUUGAGGAUUGUUAAGUUGCCCAACUCCAUUGGGGACCUCGGUGACUUGCUGCAUCUGGAUCUCUCUCUCAAUAACAUGGACAAGCUCCCUAAUUCCAUAACCAAGCUUUCCAAGCUGCAGACGUUGAAACUGUCUUGUUGUUACCACCUCAAAGAAUUGCCAAAGGACAUUUACAAUCUUACUAACCUCAAACACCUGCACUUGGAUGGAUGCCUGGCUCUCACUAACAUGCCUCGCAAAAUGAACGAGCUCAAAAAUCUAUACUCCCUGUCCGCUUUUGUGGCUUCCAAGAACGAUUCCAAGGGAGGCCUUGGGGACCUCGAUGAUCUCACAAAUUUGGAAGGGGAUUUGGAAAUUUUGUGUCUCAACCGAGUGCCGCAAUUCCAACAAACCCAGAAAACCAUGUUCUUGGAAGGCAAACGCAGCAUUCAGCGCCUCACCCUAGGAUGGGAUACCGAGGAUGAGAGAGAGGAAAAGGAAGAGGAACAACGCCAUAAGACACUGCUACAAUCUCUUAAGCCUCAUUCUGAACUAAAAGUUCUAAACCUUGUGGGCUACCAAGGUUCGGGGCUUUCUGAUUGGUUCUCUACCUCCCUAAAUCUCGUUAAGCUAAGCUUGUGCGACUCCGGAUGCAAAUCUCUCGAACCACUGAAUCAAAACCUCCCCAAAAUCAAGAUUCUCGAACUUCUUAGGUUGGACAAUCUGGAAUACAUUGCCCAAGACGCUAACAAUAACACUGCAUCUUUCUAUCCAGUCCUGGAGGAACUUACAAUUUCCGACUGCCCUAAGCUCAAAUAUUGGUGGCCAACGGAGAAAGAGCUAAAGGAAAGACCCUCGUUUGCUAAAAUCUCAAAGCUAUGUGUCUCUGACUGCCCUCUCCUAACUUGCAUGCCUCUCUGUGGUGCUCUUGAUAAAGACCUUUUCCUCGUCGAUUCCAGCCUACGACUGAUGGCCGAUGCGAUGAGUCAACAAGGGGGUCUUUCCCAAUUGAAGUAUCUCCUGAUUUAUGGCGUAAGGGAUUCCUACCAGCUAGACCAGUGGUUCAAAAACUUGAAUUCCCUUGAGAAACUUCACAUUCAAAACUGCAAUAAUCUGAAGUUGUUGUCCCUUGAUUUCCAAAAUCUCACCUCACUCCACCGUGUUACCUUUGCGAACUGUGCAGAAUUCAAUCCUGACGCCUCAAUCAAUCUGAAAAACCUACGCUAUCUAGAGUUGAUAGAAAUUCCAAUUCUCAAGUCUCUUUCAUUUGACGAGAGUGUUACCUCUCUGCGGGAACUCUAUCUACAUGACUGUAACGGUUUAACGUCUAUUUCGGAUACUAUAGGCAAUGUCACCUCACUUCGUAAACUCGAAAUUUCUAAGUGCAACAAGUUGGAAUCGAUGCCCAAAGCGAUGGAAAAGCUCAAGAAUUUAAGUUCCUUGAUCAUUUCGGACUGUGCCUUGUUAUUGCCAAGGUGUCAGCCAGAAACCGGGGACGAUUGGCCACAAAUCAAGCAUAUUGGCAAAGAAAACAUCCAGGUGAAGUAAAUUUUUCAAGCCCAGCUUGUUCUUGUCAGGUUUUCUGAAGGAGCCGGGAAGAUCGAUGAUGAUGGUCAAUGGCAUGGAUGCACGCACGCUGGAUUCAGGAUUCGUCGCUACAUGCCAUGAUAAUCCCAUUCCUGGUUUAAGAAAAGAAGACCAAUAAAGUGCUUCCUCCAUGGCACACCAAAAGAUUUUUCCGCUAUUUUUGUAAAUUUUAUUCAUCAGCUUAUAUUUGCUCGUAGUGUAGAAUUUGUUUAUGAACAAUGUUUCCUUCACUUGACACUCCUUCGUUUUUAUAUUAUUUCCACACUUUACCUUUUUGG